GCUACGUACGUUUUAGCUGUUAGUGUCGGCUUUACAGCGUACACUGGAUACAAUGUUCAAGUUUCUCUCCAAAUUACUACUGCUGGUUUUACUAGCUUUUCCUGCAACAGUUUUCAUCAAGGACCCACUAGUGGCUGCACAAGAUGCUACUGAAGAUGAGGAGGUAACUGAUGAAGACACUACUGAAGAUCUGAUUGCUGAAGAUGAGGAUGAUGAAGCAGAGGUGGAAGAUGAUGACAACACAGAAUUAACUGAAGAAAAAGAGGAGCAGGAAGAAGAGGAAUCUUCAGCUGGGGAGAUAAAGCCUUCACCCAAUGCUGAUACAACAAUUCUGUUUGUCAAAGGAGAGGACUUUCCAGCCAACAACAUUGUGAAAUUCCUCCUGGGCUUUACUAACAAAGGCAGUGAAGAUUUUGUGGUCGACUCUUUGGAUGCUUCCUUUCGCUACCCCCAGGACUUUCAGUUUUAUAUCCAGAAUUUCACUGCACUGCAGCUGAACACAGUGGUGCCCCCUCAGCGCCAGGCCACAUUUGAGUACUCCUUCAUCCCUGCUGAACCCAUGGGUGGUCGUCCCUUUGGCCUGGUCAUCAAUCUCAACUACAAAGACGGCAAUGGCAAUGUCUUCCAGGAUGCAGUGUUUAAUCAGACAGUCACCAUCACUGAGAUAGAGGAUGGAUUAGAUGGAGAGACGAUCUUUUUGUACGUGUUUCUCUCUGGGCUUGGAUUGCUUGUGAUUAUUGGCUUGCAUCAACUUCUAGAAUCGAGAAAGAGGAGGAGACCUGUGGCUAAGGUAGAAAUGGGAACCUCCAACCACAAUGAUGUGGAUAUGAGUUGGAUUCCUCAGGAGACACUUAAUCAGAUCAAUAAGGCUUCCCCCAGGAGAUCGCCUCGUAAGAGGACACAGAAACGUUCAGCUGGAUCGGAUGAGUGAAGCGGCAGUGUGACACUGAGGCUCUUGGCUGUUCAAAGCAUGCUGUACAGAGCUUUGUCUGAGUUCAGCAGCCCCGCCCACCACACAACACUCUUAGAGACUGGUCCAAAUACACAUACAUCCUAGCUACUUAUCAAUAUGGUCAUAUUUUUAUAGUUAACAAAUGAGCAAAAAUCGUCACUUGGCAAUGAAAAAAAGCUACUCCAGUCACUGUAAUAGUGUGUUGUGGGUUUUUUGUUGUCAUUUGUUUUUUUUUUGGGUUUUUUUUGUUGUUUUUUUUUACUUUGGAGGAUAUUUUGACACCUUUUUAGCCUGUGCUUUGACACGGGUUUUUUUGGGGUUUUUUUUUUGGUUUGUUUGGGUUUUUUUUUUUUUUUUGCAUUGAUUGACUUUAUGUACACGUUUGUGUAUACUUCAGAGUGUUGUGUCUUGCUAGACUGAUUGUCACUUGAUUGUCACUCAUGACUGUGAGUCUGCCAUAUUUGGAAUUGCACUGCAUUUUAAGGCUAUUACAUUCUUAGAAUGGGCUUGAUUCUCCUCUGCAUAUUAUUUCUAUUUUAUUUCACCUCUCGGAAUUUUCAGGCUUUGUUUUUUCAUUUUGCAUUUAGGAUUUUAAAGUCUUAUUAUUUGCAAAGGCAUCACUAGUACAUGCUGGGUAGUACUUGGGAUAGGGAAUCUGCAAACUAAUUUAUUUCUUGUUUUUGCCACUUCUGAUUUUUUAUACUGUAUCAUAUGACAAAUUUGGAUGCUCAUGUUUUCAGUGUACUUUGAGUGUAGUACACUACAGCAUCCAAAUAAGCCUUUAUAGCUAAAAUAUUGUGGACUUUGUCAACCUAUGAUAAAUCAAAAAUUUGUAGGUUUUUAGUAGGUGUUUGUUUUUUGACAAUUUUCCUACUGAUUUUUUUUAAAAGAUUGACUGCUAUGUGAGAAGCCUUGACUGGGACAGUAGUCAACAUAAAUUAACUUGAUUUGAUGCUUGAUGUAAUGUGUGAUUUAAAACAAAACUGUUCAGAAUGUUUGCUUUAUAAUGGUUUCUUUAUUAAUAGACUUUUUUCCUUCAAAAAAGUUACUGUUGCUCCCAUUUUUAUCAAAAGCAAUGACAUGUUUGAAUUAAGAUUUCACUCUAAGGUAUUAAGAAUUACAUUGUGGGUUUCUCUUGGGAAAAGUACAAAAUAAAGAUACAUAAAUAA